GGCGCGCCUGGGCCGCCAUUGCUUUGUGGGGGUUAUUACGUGUGUGAGGGGAAUGAAGGCAGCCAGAGCGGAAUCUGGAGCGAGGAACUUCCGGGGAAAAGCGGUUUCCUAAGGAUAAUGCGAGAAAGCAAGAAUGGGCCAUGUCAGUACACCGAGCUGACCCUGUUAGUGGCAAACUUUGGAUGCCAUCUCAGUGGGACAUGAUUUGUUCUCAGCAUUUUAGCCCAGAGUGCUUCAGAGAAAUUAAUGGAAAGAAGUUCCUCAAGGAAGAAAGUUGUCCUUCUAUAUUUUCCUUUCCUGACACUUCUAAGAAAAUACACGCUCCAAAAAGACGAAGAAAGAACUCCAAGUGGGCUGGAGCACUUGACCUCACUCUUGUCAAGGCAAAUGGCAGCAAAAAUGAGAUGUGCAGUCAGCAGAUCAUGCAAACUACACCAGCUAGUGAUUCACAAAAAUCACUUGAGCACAAAGAGCAUAAAGUGGAUCUGAAUAGCUUUUCUUCAAAGAUAAGCCCCACUGAGGUAUAUAGUGCAAAGUAUACCCUCACAACAGAGCAUCAUUACCAUAUUACAGAUAGUCCAAAAACACUGAAAAGGAAGCUAGAUGAAAUUUUGGAGGAGAAUGAUGAGCUGAGAAGAAGAUUAAGGAACAGACCUCCCAAAGAACAAUGACUCUUAUUCAGAUGUGGGUGUUUUAAAUGGACAAACAUUCUAAGGACAUGCAUUCAAUGAGGUAUCCAACAGUGCGGCCUUAGAUGAAUGCCAGGUCUCAUCUCUCACCUGUACUCAUUAAUGGAAUAUUAUGUAUCCCACUGUAUUUAUUUACAUAAAUAUAUUCAAGUUUUCAUAUAAACAGAUUUGGCAACU